GCAGCUUCCGGUUCCGGGGAGGGGCCGAGUUUUCUUCGAAGAUUAGGGGCUCUGCGCUUCAGCUAGGAUGGUUGUGGUGUCGCUACUGUUGUUGGGGGGUUUGUGGAGUGCUGUGGGAGCGUCCAAUCUGGCUGUCGUUACAUGCGGCUCGGUGGUGAAGCUACUCAAUACGCGCCACAACGUGAGACUGCACUCACACGACGUGCGCUAUGGGUCAGGCAGUGGGCAGCAGUCAGUGACAGGUGUAACCUCUGUGGACGACAGCAAUAGUUACUGGAGGAUACGGGGGAAGACUGCUACAGUGUGUGAGAGGGGAACCCCCAUCAAAUGUGGCCAACCCAUCCGGCUGACACAUGUCAACACUGGCCGGAACCUCCAUAGUCACCACUUCACCUCACCUCUUUCUGGAAACCAGGAAGUGAGUGCUUUUGGUGAGGAAGGUGAAGGCGAUUAUCUAGAUGACUGGACGGUGCUCUGUAACGGGCCCUACUGGGUGAGGGAUGGUGAGGUGCGGUUCAAGCAUUCUUCCACUGAAGUUCUGCUUUCUGUCACGGGAGAACAAUAUGGCCGACCCAUUAGUGGGCAAAAGGAGGUACAUGGCAUGGCCCAGCCGAGCCAGAACAACUACUGGAAAGCCAUGGAAGGCAUCUUCAUGAAACCCAGUGAGUUGUUAAAGGCAGAAGCUCAUCAUGCAGAGCUAUGAGUCUGGAAGCUGUGAGCCAGUGUCACCACACAGUGUUCAUGACAUCUGUUGCUGCUCCACCCUGGGAUCCCUGCCCCAGGUUCCCUGGGCAGUGGCCAUGUCACCACUGAGAUGAAGAUGCAUGACAGAAAACAGUGGCUGUGUUUGGAAGCUUCAGCCCUUCAACUUGAAUUCGUUGUUCUCCCAGGCUCUGAGGACUUGCUGGUGAAGGAGCAGAUAUUUUUAUUAAUAUCGAUAAAACAGAAACUGAGGGAGAUACCCCUCCUAGUUGGGAAAUUUUUACUGAUCAGAAUCUUGGGAUCAUGGAUUAUUGAUGUGUGACUUUUCUCCUAUUUUCUUUCUCCAAAAUGAUAAAGAAUUUCAUUAUUAGUCA